GAGGGGAAAUUUGCCGAGAGGGGAAUUCGUCACGUAACGUUUUCGCUUCGCGAAAAUUUUGGAUUGACACCACGUAUAGAAACCUUAGGACAAAGUUCUUUGUCAAAAACGUGUUCUGAAAAAUCGACCAUCUCGAGCCACCCUAGUGGUCAUUUGCCAACCUAGGCUACUCAAUGGGAUGAACUGUUGCAAGAACGAAUGAAUCCACUUUUGCGUUGGUGUGCUUAUGAGAGAAUUACUCUCCCGCAAUGAGCACUAUUCUCCCAGUAAAAUUUGGUAGCGUUCUUCUCUUAGCUGUCGGUUGUGAGUGAAACAAAAUGAAUUCGGGGCUGGAAUUUUGCUCACUACUCACUCACUGAGUGGCUUGAGAGCAGUGAGCAUACGUUCACUGACUUUGGAUUGGAAUCACAUUCGCUCAUGAAAUAUUGCGGAUGAUCCGAUCGGCUUUGAGUGAGUGAUCGAGUACGAAUUCAACUGAAUUACACAGGACCCUUGCCGAUCGAAAUCAGACGAUUCAAAGACAACCUAAAUUGUAACCCAGAAAAAAGUUUCGAAUUAAAAAUUUAACUUCCAACACAAGUCGGUUGCACAUUGUAAUUGAUCAACUCUGGAUCAACUAUUUUUCUAUUUUUCAAGAAGAAAUUAAGAAAAGCUCAAUAAGAAAAGUAUUAUUCAAACUCCAAAAAAUUGUUGCCAUAAAUAUAGUUAAAUAACAACUUUUAAGUUCAUCUCCGGAUACCAAAAUCGGAAGUUUUCUCAACUAGACAAAACUAGACAAAUACUCUUUUCAAAUCUGUGAGGCAUAUUUGAAGCAAAAACAAAUGAAAACAACACUUAUCGACAAUACUUGUUUUAAUGAAAAUCGAUUCAAUACUGUAAGCUAUUCGAAGACGAACCAAAACCAAUUCUCACAACAACAACAUCAACAAAAAAAGACAUUCGUUUAUAGAGUGCAACAAAAGUAAAGGCACCGAUUAAUCGAUGCUUUUUAUAUUUAUUAAACUGACACGACACACACAACAAAUACAUGGAACACACACACACGUGCAGAAAUGGAAAUACUACGCUGUUUACACUUUAAUAAGGAUACAUUUGAUGAAAGGUGGGAUAAACUGAUAAGCAAUAAAACUUAGUUUUUUAAAUGAUGUAAAUUCAUUGACUUGGCGAUGAAAAGAGAGAAAGAGAGAAAAUAUGUACAUGUCGAUACAAAUGGACAACAAAAAAAUAAAUAAAUAAGAAGUAAACUUAUUAUACACUAAAUUAUACACUUUAAUGAAAAAAAAAAACAAAAGCAAAAUGGGGGUGUUAUUAUCAUACUUAUGGAGCAAACUAUUGAUUAAAAAAAGAACAUCAAAGCAAAUGUGCAAAACGAGAAAAAAUACACGGAAAAUUAAGAGAAAAAAAAAUCACACGAAAGCUGGUGUAACAUUUGUUGACUUUGAAAGAGAGCGGAAAGAAACCGAAAAACCAAACAACAACAGCAAACAAGAGUUGUGAGCGUGUCUUUGCAGCAGUGUAGGAAAGUACGCUAGGCUAAGCUUUGUUGGAGAACGUAGUGCGCGAGCUUCCGAGUGUAGUAGAACCUCCCCUUUGGCUCACCGAAAUGCAACGAGCAGCGUUUCGUGAGAUACAUUUCAAUGUGUGAUGAGUGUGUAGAAAUGUGUGUUACUGGUGGAAUUUUCCAGUAAAUGGGGAAGAGGUGUAGUGUGAUUGGAAGACACACUGGUUUAUAUUUUUGUUUGAAUGUUCAGUUUUUGAGUUUGAGCUUUCAGCAGAGGUUGAACGAAGUUGGCGGGUCCAAACAGUUGUCAACCUUUGCUGAACUUUUUUGAAGAAAAAAUGAAAAAUCACAGUUUUGAUUUUUGUUCUUCAAUAUUUAUCUAUGUUUUUGGGAAGUUUGGAAAAGUUCACGGCGAAGAGCAGCCGGAAGUGACACAAUUGACACACGAGGUAAUGUGAUAAGUUUUUACCGUAUGCAUUUUUGGCAAUAAACACAGAAAACAUGCAAAAAAUAUCAAGCAAGCAACCACAUGAUCUACUUUCCUGAAUCACACUCUCCUAUAAUAUUGCUCUAUUAGUAGUAGUGUUUUGAGGCAGUAGUUUGCAGUAAAAUAUGGAAUACAUUACGCUACUUGUACGUACAUACGUUGAUGAACAAUAGAACUCGUAGAAGUAUUGUUAGACUGUUUCACGUAAAAAUAAUAAUAACCUGACAAAGAGUAAUAAAAAACAAAACAUAUUGAUAGAACCACGCAAAAGUAUUACUGAAUAUUUAUAUACAUAUAUCUUAGAAAACCUAGCUAUUAUUAGUGCAUCUGUUUGAUUGCAUAUUGAAGCAAAUUAGUAUUGUAAUUAUUGCCAAAUAAUUUGGCGUCAAACAAUAGAAAUAAAAACCAUCACAAUGUGUGAAGUAAAAUUACAUACUCGUAUGUAGUAGUGAUAGAGCACACCACUAUUUAUAUAUUAAAACUACCGCAGCAAACACUGUAGUAAAAUACACAAACACUCAAAAAAAAAAAAAACACUUACAUUCACACCCCCUUUGUAGUACUUUUACACCACUUUCCCUAUUUGCAACCCUGCGCGCAAAAUUUAGUUCGAACCACAUCAAUUCCCCCCUUCCGAAAAGUAAAAAUCCCUCACAAAUACAGGCACACACACACUUGAAACACCUAUCCACAAGUCACUUUAUGUAGCGUUUUGUAAGUGCUCUAGCGCGUUCCGCGAUUAGAACCCCCAAGCAUUGUUGAAAGUGUCUCAAACUACAACAACAACAAAAACAAUGUUUUUUUUGGGGGGGGGGAGUUUAGUUUGAGUAGUAGUCACAAGGUUGUAAAUUGUGUUAGCUUCUCGUGUGUGAGAGAACGACAUCACGCACACACUCAUCUUCACAUCAAACAUCGUGUCACAAACAACAGGAUGAGCAUUUGCAAAACUGAUAAAUUGAUCGCUAAUAAAACAAUGUAGAGAUUAAAGACAUAAAAAACGAUAGUUUUUUGAGUAUUGUUUUUUUUUUUCAUCUUCACUACCGUAGCUUGCGUAAGCGAAAGUUCUCGGCGAGAGAAUUUCGUUGAGAGUUGUACAUAUUUUCUUUUUCACGUUUUAUUUGUAGUUUCGCUAGGAGUUUGGUAUCGAGUGUCCGUAGUUAGAGGUUGAUUUUGUUUUAUCUCCAGUAGAUCUUCUUACAUUAGUUUAUCACUUUUUGACUUCCAGAUUGAAUGAACAGCACGACAAGGGGAUGAAUCGAAGAUCUAACUUUUUUUGACAGCCGAAUUGUUGGACCGUAGACCAAUGACUACCAUUUCAAAAGGUCAAAUAUUCUUAAAUAAAAAUCGAUGGAUCAGAAAAUUUCACAACUGAUCAUUUGGUACGGUAUGUCCACGCAUUCUUCUUCCCCUUCAGAUUCUGUGAAAUGUAAUCUGUUCACAGAAUCCUCUCUGCGGUUAAUGCAACGCAGUGGGCCUGACCGCUUUCAUGAGUGUAAUACAGCUCGAGGGGUCUCGAAAGUACGAACGGGGUCACUUUUUAGUUUGAAACCCUUUUUACACGGAGUUCACACACACACUAACGAACGUUUGUUUAGAUAGUGUGCUUGAGCGCCGUGUAAAAAGUGACAGUUCGUCACUUUUAAUUUUGACUUGGUUGGUACAAACGGGGUACGCACUAAAAAAAGUGUCAAACGAAAAAGUGACCAACCACCGGGGGUUGAGUGUACUAGAAAGUUUUUUGGACAGUCUGCGCUUAUUUUUGAUUCGAUUAGAUAGAUUAGAUUCGAAAAGAUCACAAAAUUUCACAAAUGUUUAGUGUUUUUAACGUUGAAAACAGGACCAUUCGAUUUAAAUGUUUAAAAAGCUUAAAUUUUUUUGUUUCUUUUUUUGAUUAAAAACUUAUGUAAAAAAAAUCAAGAAAAAUCAUAACUCGGCGGAAAAAUGUCCACCCAUUUCUAUGACUCAAAAGUUUUUAUUUUCAAAAAUUCAAAAAUAUAGAUUUUGAGAAAUUAGUUUUUUGUUAAAAUAAAGGUAAUAAAAGAAAUCUUUUUUCCGUGUACCAACAACUAUGUCGAAGACAACAAUUCAAUCAGAAAAUUCCUGCUUUUUUAUAUGGACAGCUGCCAAAAUUGUAUGGAGCCUCGUAUGGUUGACCAAAUGACACAAAAUGGCUUGUUUGCCCUCAACAAGUUUGAGCCAUUUCAAAAAAUAUAUAAAUAAAAUCCCUUUCCGGGUUUGUUGAAAAGUUGCAUAAAUGUUUCAUUUUAAAUUUGCGUUUUUUUUUUGUAAUUUUGCAGGGUUUACAGGGCUUUGAAGAAACUGGCAGUAAUCGUAUUUUUGUUUGGUAUAACAGAGUGAGAACUACUAUGUUUGACAGCUGUCAAAUUCAUUCACUGAAACUUUCGCAACGAAUGCUGAAGGCAUUUUUUUGGAGUUUUAAACCUCAAUUUACUUGUCACUACUGGACGAUUUUUUUAGUUGAAGCUACCGAAAGUAUUUAAUCACUGUGGAUCAUCGAUUAUUCCCCGUCAUGCUGUGUUUUCAGUUUUAAAAAAAUCAAGUAAAUUUAAUUGUUGUCAUGAUAUUAAAAAAAACAGACACCUUUUUUACAGACUUUUCGUAGCGCGCAUGAGAUCGCAAUUCUUGAAACAAAACAUACCAAUUAACGACAAUACUAGCUAACCCUAACCAUACCACACAUACGAUCCAUCUAACCAAACCUCCCUCGACUAAUCCACCUAAUAAUAGCGACACGAGCAUAUCACGACUAACUUUAGCCCUUUAAUCCACGUUCCCCUACAACAAUACAAACAAACAAACAAAACACAACACUUUAUGUCCCUACAUUUUAAGUAAACUUUUGAAGAAUGCCAACCCUACUUAGAACGAAACAUAACCUAUAAAUUGUACGUGCAUGAAUAGUCAAUACGUAGUAUUACUAAACAAAAAGACGCAAACUUUAUUAUCGAAGUAUAAAAUAAAAUGCUGUACUUCAAUAAAACAAGUAUUUGUAAAUGCUGGACGCACACAAACACACACACAAGCGCAAGUAAACCAGUAUACCACGUGUAAAAAUAGUAAUAAUAAAACCAACAUAAUGAUAACCGACCAUACACACAAUAGAUACUCGUAGUAGCGUGUAGAUGCAAAUGUGAUGUAACCUGUAGAGUAUUACGAUUAUGACAGUAACAGCAAACGCAAAAAACCGCGGCAAACCUGUGUUUUGUUGGUGUAGAUACUAUUGCUACUUCUGCAGAAUGAUCAGAACAAGAACAAUACACACAACACACAAUAUAUGAUGAAUAGCUGUCUCUCUAACUAUCUAUAGAAAAUAGUCCUAAUUGUAAGCGAUUUUGUCCUGUAAUAAGUUGGAACGCAAAACAAAUCCACUAAGAGAUUUUUUUUUCUUCUUAAAUUUACACUGUAGUUUUUAGUUUUCACACCCACUCGAGUAGUGUAUGCUUUAAGUGAUUGGCCGUAGCUUGCGCGCAAGCGAUGAUUUUGUUCUUGAAUCAUUUUACAUUUACAAUCUAGAUUAGUAACCUUCUUAAUCUCUAUCCUAAUCAGCGAUGGAAGCAUCCCGAAAAUUCCUUAUCGUGAUUUCAAAUGCAUCUUUUUUUUCUCACGAAAGAGUGAAGAGAGUACCGUUCUCUUUCGAUUUUUUCUCUCCCAGCGAGUGCUCAGUGAAACUCUCUUUUGAUGAAGAUGCUUCCAUCGCUGCUUUUGAACACAUAAUAUGAUCGUUUUUAAGAUUCCACCCCCUUUAGUGUAGCAUUUGUAAGUAAUAUGUAUCUCUUAAUUCCGAGAGUAUUUUGAUUGUGAACGGCACUCGGUUGUGUAACCACGUAAAAACUCUAGCGCGUAGGUUUGGUUCGUUUUAAUUUACACUAUCAAGCAAAGUAAAGUUUUCAUAUAAACUAUGAUAAAAAGUAUUCGUAGCUAAACCAUACACACAACACAACCACAAACUCAUGAACAAACAACAAUAACUACAGGAAACUAAAUAUUCUCGUAUAAUGUUUGAAGUUGAAAUAAAGUAUUGGUAGUUUAACGAAGAAAAAACACAGCAAAACAAGCGUAGUUAGUUGUUUUCUUUCGCUUUUCGUAAAAUCAUUUCUCUAGUUUGUUUAAUACCUUCAUCUUUUGUACUCUCCAUUUCUUACGUUGUUUUUUUUUGUUUAACGCAUUGUCCGCACUUGUGUUUUUCCUCCCCCCACCUCACAAGUUCUGUAAACAUCAUUCAUUUUCCCGUAGAUCGAACAUUCUCUAGUGUACCAUGUAAGUAUAACAUUAUGUUACUUCUGUAGAAUAAACACACAUUUACUUUUCAUUUGUAACAGAAAGAAAUGGCACUGCCAAAAGUCGAAAUCCGAACUGUUACUAACAUUUGUUUGUAUAUUUUUUUGUUAUUUUAUUUGUAGCCAUCAGAGAUAGCACGACGCGGAUGCAUGUUUUCUAAUAACUAUAUACGAAGUCACUGUUUAUUUUAUAAUUGAAUCUGGCAACCAACGACACUUGUUCUUUAUCCGUAUUAUAUAUAUUUGUUAUUAAAAACUUAAAUCAAGCGAGUUCACCCAACUUAACGAAACCUUCUUUCUUCUGUUCCCAUAACCUAAAAAAACCCCAAUCCAAAGUGUCCCACACCGUGCAGGAUCUGGUCUUCAUCUGGAACAUGACGGACCCGCUGGUGGUGAACCCGGAAAUUGAGCUGCCCCAGCUGGACAUUUCAAACAACUACACGACGGACUGCACGAUCGAGUACUCGACGGGGAACUUCACCUGCCUGGCGGUGGUGUUCAACCUGAGGCGGCGCCUCGGCUACCAUCUCUUCCACACGUACAUCCCGUCGGCGCUGAUCGUCGUCAUGUCGUGGAUAUCGUUCUGGAUUAAGCCGGAGGCGAUUCCGGCGCGCGUUACGCUCGGCGUGACCUCACUGCUGACGUUGGCCACCCAAAACACCCAGUCCCAGCAGUCGCUGCCGCCCGUUUCGUACGUGAAAGCCAUCGACGUGUGGAUGUCGUCCUGUUCGGUGUUUGUGUUUCUCUCGCUGAUGGAGUUUGCCGUCGUGAACAACUACAUGGGCCCGGUCGCGACCAAGGUGAUGAAGGGCUUCUCCGACGAGGACCUGUCGGAGGCGAUCGACUUCAACAACAAGAACGGCUACAACAAGACGCACCGCUCGUCGGACAUUCCGCAGUACGACACGUUCUGCCACGGGCGCGAAACGGCCCUUUGCAUCGACAAAUUUUCCCGCUUCUUCUUUCCGUUUUCCUUUUUCAUCCUGAACGUCACCUACUGGACGACGUUCCUGUAGAUUGCGUGUGCUUAAAGCUUGCGCCUCAGCUGCUCUCACUGCACUUUUGGUAUAGCGUUUAAGACACAGACACACUCUGACCCUUUAGGUUACAUACUCUAGUUACAGCUGACUUAGCCUAAGAAGUAAAAGGAAAAUAAAAAAAAACCAAAACAAACACUUACGGCGGGAUUCUUCUUCAUGUCGGUAAGGGUGAACCCACGUGGAUCCGAGUACGGGUCCCGGCUCAUGGCGCGCGUUGUCGGUGCCCUCUGGAAAAAAUGGUCGAAUUAUAAAUAAAUGUGAUAACAAUAAA